AUGAAAGCUUGUGGACAUGGACUUACAUCAGUUUCAGAAGAAGAUGUUUUGACAAAAACCCUUGUUAGUUGUAACUUUGAAAGUGAAAUUAGGCAUCAUUAUAAAAAAUUUUUGCAUGGAACACGAGAAUGGGUUUUUAAAGAGUUUUUAGAUUGGUUCGAAGACGACAGUUCUCAAAAUCGUGCAUUUAUUAUUUCUGCUGUUGCUGGAAUGGGAAAGUCUGUAAUUGCAGCUACUUUAUGUAAACGUUAUCCGCAAUAUUUGACUGCAGUUCAUUUCUUUCAACACAACAACAGUCGUUACAAUAAAGCCAAUGUACUUCUUCAAUCUUUAUCGAUGCAAAUAAGUCGUAAGUUUCCUUUUUACAAACAACUUCUUGUAAAAAAACUUUCGGGUCAACUGUGUGAGCCUUUGAAUAACAUGAAUGUGGAAGGAUUAUUUUCCCUUCUUUUUACUGAGUUGUUUUGUAAAAUCUCAGAACUUCCCAAGCGAAUGUUAGUUGUGCUGGAUGCUCUUGAUGAAUGUGGUUAUCCAGAAAGAGAUGACCUUGCUAAUUUGAUUGCUAAUCACUUGUACAAACUUCCGCAUUGUUUUCGCUUUGUAAUUACCACCAGACCUAACGAAGUUUCUUUGAAUAAGUUUGAAAAAUUAAAUCCACUGUUCAUUAACUGCAGAGAUAAGCGCAAUUUAAACGAUAUUAAUUUUUUGAUUGAAGAAAGAAUUGGCUCUACUGACAGCAUUCUUGGUUUUAAAAAUUUUUUGGCAGAAAAGGCUGACGGACUUAUGUUGCUUGCAUCACUUCUUACCAGUGAAGUCAAAAAUCAGGAUUUGUUGAAAGGUUCCAUACCAAAAGAUCUCAAUGAAUAUUACGAAAUUUGCUUAACAAGAUUAAGUAAGGAAUUAAAUUCGUUUUAUAUCAGUAACGAAAAGUUUCAGUCAAUUUUAAAUGCUCUGGCUGUUGCUAAAGAACCUCUUCCUUGGGAAAUGAUCGAUGACGUUCUUUGUUUGAAUUCGAAUCGCAUAUCACUUGGGGUUAGAAAAAUUAUCUCUUGUCUGUUUGUUACCAAUGAAGAAGAAUGUGUUUCGUUUUUUCACAAAUCUUUAAAUGAUUGGUUGUUGGAUGAUAGAAAACAUGAUUACUCAGUAAAAACUUCUUGUGGUCAUCGACUUGUUUUAGAAUUUUGUUUAAAAUCUUUGGUUAACCUCAAAGCUGAAGGUGUAAACUAUGACAUCAUCAAACAUGCGUCAGUGAGGUAUUCAGUUAAGCAUUGGUUGCUUCAUUUACUUGAUAUUUCUGAUAAUGACUACAUCGUUGAAAAUGUUGCUAAAUAUCUUGUUGACUUGGAAGUUUUAGUUGCUUCUGUGUUGGUUGAUGGUCGUGAAAUUUUAAACAUUUUUUCCUUUUUCAACGCACAUGAUGUGUACUUUCAUAUUUCUGAGUAUAUUCGAUUGUUAUUUUAUGAAGUUUAUUCUGUAAUGACGCACUCUGUGCUCUCUGAUAAUGAAUUAAUUUGUUUGCAAUACGUUGCCAACGAAGUCAAAGAUCUUUCGUCUCAAGCCACCACAAUGCUUCAAACACGUUUCAAAGGCUUACCAUAUGUAGAGUGCAGAGACACGGGUUUUGUAAAGGCUCGAUUACUACGUUUAAAUCAAAUUUUGAUUUCUGUUGAUGUUUCACAAAAUCAUGAUUACGUCGUCUGUGGUUAUGAAGGAUUUAUCGUGCAACUUUUUUCUUUGAGAACAAACAGGUGUUUAUGGAUAAAAAAUAUUGCUGGUCAGUUAAAGGAAUAUGAAGAGAAAGACUUUUGCGUUGUCUUUCAUCCAUUCGAAGAUUUGAUUUUUGCUUCUCAGCUUGAUAAGAUAUUAGAUAUUAAUGGUAAAAUUUCCUCUAGUCCGUUCCAUUGUGAUGAUUCUACUUCUAAGUUCUUUACCAACAAAUGUUUUUCUAAGGAUAAAUACACAAUGGUCACUAGUUACAAAUAUACUUUUACAGUAUGGGACGUUAAGAAAGGUGAGAAGAAACGCAGUAUUAGAUGUAAUAAAGUGACCUCACUGUGUUUUUCUAAAUCUGGAAGGUAUUUGUGUGUUAUUAAGAAAGGAAAAGUGCUUCAAAUAUUUGAUGUAGCGAAUAAUUAUGAAACAUUCGUUUGUGACGAUCAUUUACCAUGUGCUAAGUACAGUAUUUGUUUUAUUUUGUUUACUGUUGGUCUUGAUUCUUGGUGUUGUGGCCAUCCUUAUUUUAUCGAUAAACAUUUCAUUGUAAAUCCCACCGGUGAGAAACUUCCUGACGUAGAUCCUGCUUCUCAAACUUCGUUUUUUCCUCUUGAUCCUUUUGAUGACAACAGAUCUAACUUUUCCUUUAAGGGUGCAGAAAUGUAUUAUUUUAUUUUGAACAACGACAAUGUUCUUUGGUUUAAAUACGGAUAUGACUUUCAUCUUAUUACAAUACCUCGUGUAUGUUUAACUACGAGUUGCAGUUUAAGUAACCAAAAAUUUUGCUCAAAUGGAAAAUUUCUGUAUCGGAGCAAUGAAGAAAAUUCAAGGGUAAUUAUAUACAAUCUCAACACAUUUGACUUUGUUGUCAAGGAACGUUUUGUUAGUGACAUGGCUGCCGUAGAAAAUGGAGUUAUUUUGCUUACGAUUUUAAAUGCUAAAUAA